CUACGGUCAGGUCAGGAAGAAGAAGACGCCCCCCGUAACGUCAACCGUUGGAGUCCACUUCCACGUCAGGUGAUUUGUUUUUGGAUUGAAGAGCAAAAACAAGUCAGUGAUCCUGGAGGUUACAUAUUGUUAGACCUUCACGCGGACUCUGCGGAGGAUCUGGGAACUAAAACGAUGCGACGAGCAAAUGAUCCGCACAGUUCGUUUCUAGUGCUAGCUACGUAGCUAAGCUAGCUUCCCUGGUGGAGCCUGACAACUAAACUUAAUGGAACACCUUGAGCAGACGAAACUGAGCAUUAAAGUAAAUGCAGCACCUUAGAUGCAGCUCUGCCUGCUAGAGCCGGACCACUGAGCUAACAUAGUUUACAGAUCAGACUCUGCCACCUGAAGUGAAUGCAAGACUUUAAAGAGAGCCCUAAGACCCCAUGGUGUCGUGUUGACACGCAGACUGUAAUCCGGGCUUCCGUAGUUUGAGCAUAAAAUGUGGCUGCAACAGAGACUGAAGGGCUUCCCGGGCUUGUUGUCCAGCAGCUGGGCGCGGAGGCUCCUCAUCGGGCUGCUCCUCUUCCUCAUCUUCUACUGGUACCUGGGGGCAGAGCGCAGGUGGAGUUUCCUGGGCGGCUCCUCGGUGCCCGGAGGAGCAGCAGGGGAAUGCCUCCAGACUGAGAUCCACAUGUGGAAGUCUAUCGUGGAGCGAGGAGAGGGGAUCUACAAAUCCCCCGAGGAGCCGCUUGACACACCUUUCGUGACCGGAAACGGCCAUAUUCUGAUCGAUAUAGACUCUAACAGGUUGUGGGUGGCAUCUUCCACGCAGCCCGGCUCUGCCCCGGUCCAUCAGACCGAACAUGCACCAAGGAUCGGGGUUCAUCUGAUGGGCGAGCGGGCCGAGGCUCGGGCUACCAUGCUGCGCUUCCGGAAGGGAGCCGUUCUCUCGGUCCGGUGCGCCUCACCCGCCGCGGUCCAGUCCCCAAGGGACUGCGUCUCCAUCCGGGAGGAGUUUAUCGCACAUCGGAGCCGACCCAACGUAUUCCUUCAACGGAUCCACAUCAACAACCCCUCAGACCGACCCGCUCCAGUGGAGAUCUCAGCCAGCAGCCCGGCUCCAAAGAGCAGGUUCUCCUCCAGUACCGACAUGGUGGGUGACGGGGAGGUGGAGCUUUCCUCCGGGACGGUGCAGGUGGAGAACAACCAGGUAGUGAUGGUGGUGGUGGUCACCAGAAAGCUGAAGAGCAGGUUUCAGGUCCCUGCCAAAUCUGAAUACUCUGACAACAUCCUGUCUGUGGUGUGGACCUCUGAGCCCAUUGAGUCCUCCAAGCUGGAGGGGACUUUUAGCAAGCUGAGGGAUGGAGCCAAGAAGGAGAUGGAGGAGCUUGUCAGGGUGGAUGUGAACGACCUGGUUCAGGACCACCAGCAGGCCUGGAAUGACCUUUUCUUCUCAGGUGUUGAAAUGAGAAAGAUCACGGACUCCCACACGCCGUCUGGCCGCACCGUGAACAACACCCUGUACUACAUCCUGUCCUCAUCCAUGGCUCCUCUGCUGGACCGGCGGCUGAGUGGCGAAGAGCGCGCACGUCUCGAGUCCAGCCUGAACUAUGCCGAUCACUGUUUCAGCGGCCAUGCAACAAUGCACGCUGAGAACCUGUGGCCUGAGCGGGUGAGCAGCACCGCCCAGAUCCUGCAGCUGGUCACCCUGUGGACUCUGACCCUGCAGAAGAGAGGUUGCAAGGUGCUGGUGGCUGCUGGCGCCCAUGGAGCCAUGCAGGGCAUGGUGCUCAGCUUUGGCGGCCUCCAGUUCACAGAGAACCACCUUCAGUUCCAGGCCGAUCCAGACGUGCUGCACAACAGCUACGCCCUACGAGGGAUCCACUACAACCGCGACCUGAUCAACCUGGCCGUGCUGCUGGACGGGGAGGGGAAGCCCUUCCUGCAUGUGUCGGUGAGGCAGCAGGAGACGCCGGUGAAGCUGUACGCCUGCGAGGCCGGCUGCCUGAACGAGCCGGUGGAACUGACAUCUGAGGUCAAAGGCCACACCUUCCCCGUCAUGGUCACCCAGCCCAUCACGCCGCUGCUCUACAUCUCCACCGACCUGCGCCACUUGCAGGACCUGCGCCACACCCUGCACCUCAAAGCCAUUCUGGCCCACGAGGAGCACAUGGCAAACCGGUACCCCGGUCUUCCCUUCCUCUUCUGGUUCAGCGUGGCGUCGCUCAUCACCCUCUUCCAUCUCUUCCUGUUUAAACUCAUCUACAAUGAGUACUGUGGCCCCGGCGCCAAGCCGCUCUUCAGGAGCAAGGUCUCCAGCAAAAGGGAAGACGACCACUUCAGCUCCUUGGAUGUUUCUUAGGCGUAGCUUCCGACCAUGGUUGCUAUUGUUGUGGACAUCUUUACAUGUUGGGGGGGGGUUUACAUUUUCUGUCAUUCAGCUCAGCUACUUUGUUUCAUAACAUCCGGCAUGGUGGAUUACCUCCUAGAAAUCAGCUGCUGCUUCCUGCUGUGAAACACGACACCAGCGCUGCUGCUUUAAGAAAAUACAUUUUUUGUUUUAUUUAAUUCUUCGGUAGAAAACCCUGUUGGUUAAACCCCAUUAGGAGGGAAAAUAAUAUUUGCAGUUUAGCUGUUAACUGCUACACAUCCGUUCCAUGUGAAGAUCGAUUUAAAGAAAUGAAUUGUGAGGUCAGUGCAGAUGUUUUGCAGCUUGUGAUGAGGUCAGCAUCUCCACACACCUUCUUCUGGCAUUUCGGCUCUUACUGUUUGACCCAAUGCUCCAGAAAUCCUGCAUUAGAACUGGCUUUGAUGGAUGCUUAAUUAAUCCAUAAAAAAAUUUCACAGUUUGCUUUCUAAUAUGCAGCUUUUUGAAAAAACAUCAGACAGCUUGGAGGGUUUAUUUCAGGCCCAGCUGCCAGCAAAAACCUGCAUGUUUCUUCAUCAGCAGAUCAUCCGCUCUGAGUCAGCAGCUUUAGGGAAAAAUCCUGCUGGAGCUAGAGCCCAGGCUAUCUCAGAAUUUCCAAAAAUGCUGCUGGUAACAAAGUGCCUGAUUACAAUUUCAAAAGUUGUUUUUUUUUUUGACGUAGGUUUUCUUUUGUAAAGCAUUACAGACAUCCCUUCACUGUUAGAGGACAUUUUAGACCUGAAAGAAUAAGGCAAACCAGAGCAUUCAUUGGCCAGAUUUUCAUCUAUAAAGUUAACAAGCAGCCAAAGAAGAACUUUGAGUUUAUGGAUGCCUGGAUUACUGUUAAUCUGAAGGUUGAGACCAAAGUCUGCCAGGGAGGAAAUGAAAGAGCUGAAUCAAGCAGAUAAAGAUUUUUUCUUAUCCUAUCAGAAGAAAUGGAUGUCAAUGACUGUACUAAUGUAUUUAGUGUUUAACAUAUCUUAGGGAUGAAAGUCUGACCAAGACUAAAGAAGCUUGAAAUGUUAAAAGCUACUCUCUGUUCUGACCCGUUUGGACUCCACUUUGUUUCUGCUGGUCAGUUAUUAAUGACACCGCUCCAGAUGUUUAUCUGGGGAUCGCAGCCAAUCAAGGCCUACGCUCUGCUGCAGAGCCUGGCGCUUCGACUCUCAUACCAUGAUCUUCAACCAUUUUAAAGUUGUUUAGUUCGGGCCAAUACCUCCCAGUAAUUUAGAGGGAAACCAAACAGUUGGGCUAAUAAAGCGUUUAGGUAAACGGAUCCAACAGAGAAAGGUAAUUAUUAAACAGUUAAUGCUUUGGGGUCAGUGCAAACAGGCCGCAGACAUGGAGUGCUUGUUUCCAUCUGAACACAUUUUGGCCUGAAGUCAGAGUCUGCAGCUUGGUGAUGGAGAAGUUAGUUGUAGGUUUUUCCACCUUAUUACUACUUUACCUUCUAAAACAUUGCAUUUAAAACAUCAGCCACAUUCUGGAGAUAAUGUCUGAAUGCAUGGCACCAAAAUGUUAGCUAAUGGUUCUAUCAUCAUGCAGGUUUAUAUUUAUUGUCCAGCUUUAAAGUGAAAUACCCAAAGAGUAGAAGUCUUUAAAGUAAUGAAUGCAUCUCAAAGGUAAAAAAGAAACUGACAAGAAAGAGCAAUGAUUAGCUGUGGGUGGUUAGUGACUGUAGUUAUGAGAAAAAGUGAAUGGAGUCAUGAGGUCUGAUGGGGCUCAGAGCAUCAGGUGACUGAAGUCUGCAUUCCUGAUUGGCCUGUUGGUUGUUUAAUUUCUUCUUAGAGUUCAUUUCAGAACCAUGGCUGCAUCCUCUUUAACUUCCCAGCAUGUUUUUAAAUACAUCAGCAGCUUCUGAUGCCUCUUUAACCUCCAAUUAAACCUCGAUUCACACCUGUUUUGUAAUUGAAAGCUCAUUUUUCCAUCUUUUGACUUUUCUUUUCCGUUAGACUCAGCAGUUUCAGAACUUUGCAUUUAACAGCUUUGAUAAAUGAUGCUCUGUCUGAUUUUUUUAAGCUUGAAUUCAUUUUUUUUCCUGAGAUCUCUCUCAGAAAAAAAUAAGACUUAAAUCCUGCAGACUUCCAGGAUUUAAAGCAAGACUUAUCAUUAUUUAGUUAUGAUUCUAGCUUUGGGAGAAGUUUCCUCUUACUGAUGAAAAUCCACUGAUUAUUAAGAUAAUUUAAGGUUCUCCUUUUCUUUCAGAGCAAAUUUUCAUUGAAAAUAACCUUUGGGUGAUUUUUUGUUUCUUUCCAGACAAUGUUAGAAACCAUCAGUCUGUCCGUUGUUUUUGUAAAUUCAUUUUUUUUUUAUUUCACUCUUUGUUUUUUCAAGAGCUUUUUAU